UAUAUAUUUUAUUCGAAAUGUGCGGCUUGCCAGGCAAUUAGUGGAUGAAUUUGAGGGCGCUUAUGGUUUUUGAAGCCAACAAGUGCAAAUGGCGAUGGAGAAUCAUCAAAGUGCAAUGAAAUAUUCGAAAUAUUUGCGGCACCGGCCUCUACACACUCGUGUUCCAUGAUAGAUGCCUCAGAGCAGAGAACUAUCUCCCUUAAAUAAUUGGCAGCACAGAAAAAGUCGCCCAAAGUGAGACAUCGCUUCUUCUGCGCAAAAUGCAAUGGAUUGGAUUGAUAUUUCUUCGAUCCGCAGAUGUCUCACUUUAAGACUUCUGUGGGCAUGUGUAUGCCGGCAUUUUUCGUUCACCAAUACACAAAAAGAUUAACCAGUGCUGCCAAUAGUUCAUCCACUGAUACACACACGCACACACAGCACUCAAGCCUCCACGACCUCUGACUGGGCAGCACUGUCGUGGUAGGCGUCUGUGUCGGGCAGUAAUUCCGAGAAACUUCAGCGUGUAUUAGUAGACCACUCCGCAUAAAUAAAAUAAAUUUACCAUAAAUCAAUUUUUUUUGUGCAACCGAUCGCCAUAAACAAACGAACAGACGACUGGGAUCCGAUUGCUUCCAUUUCGCUCGAAGCAGUGAAGGUUCUCGUUCAGCGGUGUUUCUUUCCAAUAAACAUUUUCAUUUCUUUCUCGCACAAAAAGAUGUCGGAGAAUAGCUUCAACUCAAAGUAUUUGGACGAUGACGAUGAGGACGAUGCGAUUGCUGCCUCUGAGGGCAAAGUUUCGAGCCAGGUGGCCAAGCGCAUCUGGCAGCCAACCAUCGAUGAUACUACCCCUGGGGUCUGGGAGCCGCCCGAGAAGCCCCUGCCCCACGUGGAGGAGGAUGCUCCGAUGAGUGCCGAGGCCCUGGCGGAGGCUCUAGCGGUGAGCGAGACCGCCUCGGACUUUAUACACAAAGUGGAGCGCUCUCUCUACGGCGACAACAGCAAGGAGAACGGCUCCGCCAGUACUUCAAGGCGGCCGAGAAUUAUUCGCUGUUUGGCGCCAACUACAUGGGCUUGGAGGAGGACAAGAACAAAAAACCGCCGCCGGGCUUCGACCAAAGCUCCAGUCAGAUUGCGGCUGGAUCGGCCGGAGUAUCCGGCCAAAGCUACUCGGGUCACUGGAAAACGGUCAAACUGGUCAAAAGACCAGUCCAACGCCUUCCUCUUCGAGGAGGACGUGCGGCAGCUGGCCGUCGGCUGGACCCACAAUGCGGCGCUGCUCCGCAACAACGAGAUCCUCAUGUGGGGCCGCAAGUGCUACGGACAGCUGGGCACGGGCUCGAUCAGCGAGCAGCAGGCGGUGCCCCAGCCACUGAGCCUCCGACUGCCCGACGGCCAAACGCCUGCUCGCGUGCACAUGGGGGCAGAGCACGGCCUGCUGCGGACUACAGCCGGCGAGAUCUACACCUGGGGCUGGAACGAGCACGGAAACUGUGGCAACAACAGUACAGAGAAUGUGUAA